UUGAAGCUUAAGCAAUGAGGCAAACUCUACCCCCGUUGUGUAGAUUAUAGGAGUCACAAAGAUAAUAAUUUCAAAAGGAGUUUCCUUAAAUAGUGUGGUGGGAGAUAACCACAGCCAAGGUUUAAGUAGAGGAAGACGUUCGGAUGGCAGCAAAGGGAGGCCCUACCCGGAGUGUUGGAUUUCCUCCUUCCGGUGCGAUUUGCGCGAGGCGCUCACAGGAGUCAUCGCUCAUCUCUACCUUCGGCGGAAUUAGGCCGCUAGACGCGGGGUACGGUCCCCCCGCCGGGAGUCGCUGCAGCUCCGGCCCCCCCUCUGACGUGGGGGAGGCGCAGGACCGGCCCCGGGCCGGGUGUGGUGCCCGCGGCGGGGCGGGGCGGGGCGAGGCGGGGGAGGGGGGUGCCGCGCGGGGAGGCGGACGCGUCAACAAGCGCGGGUCCCGCCCGCCUCCCGCCUCCCGUCCCGCCCGUCUCCCGCCCCCGCCCCAGUCACCCGGCUCUGCGGCCACCCGGCACUAGGAGCAGCCCGGGCGGCGGCGCGAAGGUU